AUGAGCAACAACAAGUCUUCGAACAACGCGAUGAUAUCUUUCGCGGCGAUCAUCAACGCGGAAGCGUCGAGAGUGGUCGCCACGAUGCGACAAAACAGCAAGUACGCGAUUCUGGCUCGGCAGACGAUGUCGUCUUCGUAUGGGAGCGGUUCAAGUGCCGCGAGUGGUUUGGAUAUUGAUGAGAGUUUGGUGGAUGAUCCAUUGGUGCAGGAGUUUAUGAGCUUGCGAAGGGCGCUGUUCGUGAACGGGUUGAUGUUGGAGACCUCUUCUUCCUCCGCGCUCGGAGAUUUUGGUGGUGGGAGCGAGAGUAGCAGAAACAAUACUAAUAAUAAAAUGGGUCAACAACCGUUAUCGUGCGCGGAUUUCAUUCGACCGUUCUUGAAGUGCAUCGUGAGCGUGGAAACGAGCGGCCCGAUAACUUCCCAAGCGUUGUCGGCGGUGCAUAAAAUCUUGAAAAGAGAUUUGAUUUUUGGUUCUGACGACGUCGAGAAGGCUGUGGUGGUCAGAGAUAUCAGCGAAGCGGUGACAAUGUCGAGGUUUGAGGCGACAGAUCCGGAUCACGACGAUGCGGUGUUGUGUAAAAUUUUACACGUUCUGAUUGAUUGUGUGGCGUGUCCGUCGGGGAGAUUGCUCUCGGACGACGACGUGUGCGACGUGUUACAAGCGUGUUAUAGAAUUGGGCACCAAAGUGGAAAGGAGAGUGGGUUUUUGAGACACUGCUCGAGACACGCGAUGCGAGAGAUUGCAGAACACGUGGCGUUGAGAUUGAAAGAGAACGUUGCAGCCGGCGGUUCCGAGGACGCGCGAUUGGCGACGUGGAGAGAUCAGUUGGCGAAGAGAGCAUCGGCGUUCGAAAAGUUGUACGACGAGAAACAGAGGACGACGACUCCAUCUACUCCGCCGAGAUCACCGCACCACAUUGCCAUUUCUCCGGUGAACCGCGAAGGCAACGAGAGCUUUGACCCAGUACGAGGUCCGGGAGCCAUCGAGGACGGUGGGCCUAAGAUUGAUGUUGGGACACCAUCGUCUCCACCAACGAGAGCACCGAUCGAAAAGCUCAAGUCUUUACCCGCGCCGCACGCUUCACCUGCGGCGUUGGAGAUUUUCAAGUUUGCGUGCUCGCUUAUAGAAGCGAGCAGUUCGGCAACUUUAGGCGCAGCGAAACAGAAAAGUGCAUCGACUAGCAACAACGAGAACGGAGAAGACGGAACAGGUAGCGGAGAUUCUGGCGAAGCUCCGACGGAGAAACCUCUCGUUUAUGGUGGUGAUAGAAGUGAAGAGGCUGAACAAUCGCUCAUGCUCUUUGGCAUAGAACUUGUCGGGACAUUUGUGGAAACCAUCGUAGUUUCUAGCGCCACGAAUAAUAACGUGAAGAACAGAUAUCCGGAGCUUUUUGUUGCAAUCCAAGACGACUUGUGCAAAGCUUUGACGAGUUUGAAGCCAAACGCGGCGCCUCCGGUUGCCGCUGCGGCAUGCGGUUGCUUCACGAUGUUGUACGCUACCAUGCGUUCGGAACUUAAAUUACAAUUAGAAAUGUUCAUGCGCGUCGUGCUCAUUCCUUUGUGCGCGGCGGGAAAGAAUAAGGCGUCCUCGGCUGCGAAUGCCACGUCAUCAAACUCCGCGGUCACCUUUAACAGAGAAACGCAGCGCAUCGCGUUGGAGACCGUGGUCGAUUUGUGCAGACAACCGCACUUUGUGACUGAUUGCUACAUGCAUUUUGACUGCGACUUGAGCAAAGCGUGUGUGUUCGAAGAGCUCGUGUCUACUUUAUCCGCCUCUGCGUUUCCGGCGAAUGGGGCGAGACUUUCCGGCGCGAAUGCACUUUCUGUUGAAGGUUUACUCGCUAUUGUUCGAACGGUGUCUCGAUCGACAACCGCGGAAAGUAGCAGCGCAAGUUCUCCCCUCGGCGGCGAUUCGUCCAUGUUGCUCGGUGAGAGUAACGGCAAGAAGAAGGCAUCCUCAACGGCAACGAACGGAUUCUCGGAUGAUGGGAUCAUGAAGAAUGAGGACGAGGAGGAAGGCGACUCGCCGGCGGCGCUGCGUGACGAAUUGCGCGGAUUAGAUCCCUGGGAAUACGUUAAAGCAUCGGCGGCGCCGUCUGGAAUCGCGCGCGCGCGAGGGUUGCGCAAAUCGCGAGCGUUGAAACGUCGUCUCGUCGUUGCCGCGGAGCAUUUUAAUCGAUCACCGAAGAAGGGCAUCCCUUACAUGCAAGAGUACGGCUUGCUUCCUGAAAAUUUGACUGCCAAAGCCGUGGCGAAGUUUCUCAAGCUCGCCCCAGGUUUGGAUAAAGAAGUCGUCGGUGAAUACUUGGGCGAUCCGAAAGAUUUCCAAGUAGAAGUCUUGAAGGAGUACGCGGAUUUGUUCAACUUUGAAAACGUUACGCUCGAUAAAGCGUUGAGAACGUUUUUGGACGGUUUCAAAUUGCCAGGCGAAGCGCAGAAGAUUUCGAGAAUUUUAGAAGCGUACGCGGCGAGAUAUUUCGGCGCUAAUCCGAAUUCGUGUGCCGAUGCGGAUUCGGCGUAUGUUUUGUCCUAUUCCAUCAUCAUGCUCAAUACUGACGCGCACAACAAGCAAGUGAAGAAGAAAAUGACGCUCGAACAGUUUAUUCGAAACAACCGAGGUACCAACGGUGGCAAGGAUUGGCCGAAGGAAACUCUAGUCGCUAUUUUCGAUUCCAUUGUUACUGACGAAAUUCGUCUCACCGACGAUGCCGCGCCAAAGCUUUCCAAUUCUGCAUGGCACGACGUCAUGCGCGCGUGCGAAGUUGACCAGGGGAAAUUUGAUGCGCCUCCGGAUGAAUUCGAGUCGCGCCAAUACGAUGCGGAUGUCUUUUCGCUCGUUUGGGCGCCGACCGCGGCUGCGGUUGCGGUCAUCUUUGAACGCGCCACGGAUGAAGAUGUGCUCGAAUCUUCCGUCGAAGCUUUCGUUGCCGUUGCGAGAAUCGCAUCCAAUCACCGCAUGACCGACGUUGUUGAUCAUUUAGUGGCGACGAUGUGCGCCUUUGUCACCAAGGGUGCGCAGCGCGCCGUCGAGAUGAACCCGUUGCGACCAGGUGUCGCUUUAGGCGAAGAUGCCAAGACACGUUCUGCUGCUAAAGCUGCUUUUGCUGUCGCGAACGCGCACGGUGAUGACUUGAGACGCGGGUGGUGUAACGUUUUGGAUUGCGUCUUGCAUAUGCGACGAUUGGGCGUCGUUCCGGACGACGUCGCCGCAACGCCGACGGACGCAGAGGAAGAGAGAGAACCCAUCACAUCGAAUAACUUCAUAACGAGACAGAAAGCCGCGCAAAGUGGCUCCUUGUUUCGUUCAUUCUCUGCGCUCAUUGGUGGGAGCGAUUACGAUUACUCCCUCGAGGAAGAAAAAGCGCGUUUGCCAGAACCGACGGAGAGAGAAAAAGCGUUGCUCGAGAAGUCUGAUACGUGUGCGAGAGCGUGCAAGUUUUCCAAUUUGUUUGCUGAUUCCAAGUUUUUGGGAAAAGAAAGUUUAGCGCACCUUGUCGCUGCGUUAGCUUGGGCCGCUGGUGAUCCAGCGCAGCCGCCGCAAAGUGCAGACGACGAAGACGCGGCAUUGUUUUGCCUCGACGCUAUGCUUUCCGUGUGUUAUCGCAACAAGGACCGCGCGAGGUUGUGUCUCCCGAGAGUUGUGUCGCACAUUAAAGCAAUUGUUGGCGCUGCUACGCAAGAGCCAACGCCGUUGGUAGAGAGAGCAAUCUUCGAACUUUUGCGAGUCGUUCGUAGAGUUCUUCCAGAACAAAGUGGCUUGCAAAGUCACGAGGAUAUUGCAAACUCAACAGCUGGGGGACCGAACGGCAUCGCAGACGACCACGCCAUAGAUGCGUUGCGCGUUCUAUUCUCGCUCGAGCCGCAAGUUGCAGAUGCAUUCUUCGAACGCAUCGCGAAGUCGCUCAACCUUCUCGUUCGACAGUGCGCUUCCUUGCACAUUAAAACUGCCAGAGGAUGGGAUACCAUUUGCAAACUCUUGGCGGCGUCUUCUCGCCAUCCAAAAGCCUCUGCUUCUGGUUUCGAUGCAUUGAGCUUUGUCAUGGAAUCUGGAUCAAAUAUCAACGCAUCGAACGCGCGCGCGCUCAUUGAGUGCGCGUGUGCGUUCGUUGAUAGCAACAGAGGCGGCGAAGAACGCUCAAUCAAGGCUUUGAGUUUGCUCAAAGAUGCGAACGACGCCUUGUGCGAACGCUCGAGAUCGGCGGAUUGUUCGAACGAGUUGCGUUCUGAAAUCCUCGCCGGCGCGUGGGGUGAUUUAGCUAAAGAACUCGCGCGAUUUGCAAGCGAGGACGAACGAAGCGCAGUCAGAGAUGAUGCUGUCUUGACGUUGCAACACACUCUGCUCUCGGCGGAAGCGUUUGACGCGCCCGCGGAGCAUUGGCUGGCUUUGUUCCAUCACACGUUGACGCCUUUAUUGAAACACGCGAGCGAAAAUGUCCGACAAAUCGCCAACGAUGGCGAUCGAUACGACGAUAAUAGCAACGCGUGGGAAAGAACGGCGACUAUUAUCAUCGCGUGCGUUUCAAAGUCAUUCCUUCAGUACGCAGCGCCGAUGAAAGCGGAAGAUCCAGAGGCGUUUGCGCCGACGUGGUUAGCCGUUCUCGAUCGCUUCGCCGAAGCGAAAAAGUAUGCGAAAGGUGAAGCAUUGAUCGAAGCCGUGGUUGAAAACGCAAAGAAUAUGGCUCUCGUCUUGUGCAAACAAGAUAUCGUUCCGUAUGCGGAAGAAGAUGGAGAGGAAGUGUUGUACGUGGGGACUUGGCAAGCGCUUGGCAAAAUCCACGAAUCGUUAACUCCGGCGAUUGUAACUUAA